UAAUUAUAUCCUCUUCAGUGGUUUACUUUUUGCAAUAAAAAAAGUGACCCAAUACCAAUCCAUAGAAAAGUCAGCCCAGGACACUUUGUACUCUCUCAUAAUAGGUUAUUAACUACUGUUAAUAUUUAUUGUUAUUGCUUGCCAUUAUAAUUAUUUUUUCAUUAAUAUAGAAAUCUUCAUAAAUUAUUACGUAGUGAAUGAUAUGUGUCAGAUACAAUGCGCCAGAUAUCAAGAAGAAAUGGUCUCUACCCUCAAGGAGUUCACAUUUCUGACAGGAUUGCAUGGAUUUCAAGUGAGUGCACCCUCACCCAGGACUGAGAAGGCCAAACUCCUACCAUUUUAGGAGAUCACGAGGACCCCACAGCUGUCUCAUAUCAGGAAGAAGAAACCCUUGUGUCCCAAAUGCAUCUUCAUGGGCUAAGAAGAAAUAUCCCACAGCACUAGCAGACAGAACAGAAAGGCAAGUAAUAAUGAAUGCAGAAGCCACAUCCAGACUCAAAAAGAAGCUAAAAUUGGAUCUAGCCAAGGGUCACUUUGGCCAGAAAGCCAGACAACAUGGGAGAGAAAUAUGUGGUAUUCUGGGUAGGUAACUGGGGAGACAAUAUAAUGGCCCAAAGCCUUCGACUGAUACUAGAAAAGCAGAAAAGAUGCCCUGAAGAAAGAGGAGUCAGGAAAGGAUCCAACUCUGUGGCCAAUAAAGACCCGUGUAUCUGCUAGCAGGUUGUCAGGGUGACCUCACCCUCUCCAGCGCCCCUUCUCGAUGCCAGCUAUGAGUUCCUGCAACUUCACACAUACCACCUUUGUACUUAUUGGUAUCCCAGGAUUAGAAGAAGCCCAUUUUUGGAUCGGCUUUCCCCUGCUUUCAAUGUAUGUCGUGGCAGUGUUUGGAAACUGCAUCGUGGUCUUCAUCGUAAGGACAGAGCGCAGCCUACAUGCUCCCAUGUACCUCUUUCUCUGCAUGCUGGCAGCAAUUGACCUGGCCUUGUCAACAUCCACCAUGCCCAAGAUCCUCGCCCUCUUCUGGUUUGAUUCCCGGGAGAUUACUUUUGAUGCCUGCAUUACCCAGAUGUUUUUUAUUCAUGCUCUCUCAGCUAUUGAGUCCACUAUCCUGCUGGCCAUGGCCUUUGACCGUUAUAUAGCCAUCUGCCACCCACUGUGCCAUGCAGCAGUGCUCAACAAUACAGUAACAGCCCAGAUUGGCAUGGUGGCUGUUGUCCGUGGAUCCCUCUUCUUUAUCCCACUGCCUCUGCUCAUCAAGCGGCUGGCCUUCUGCCACUCCAAUGUGCUCUCUCACUCCUAUUGUGUCCACCAGGAUAUGAUGAAGUUGGCCUAUGCAGACACGUUGCCCAAUGUGAUCUAUGGUCUUACAGCCAUACUGUUGGUUAUGGGCGUGGAUGUUCUGUUUAUCUCCUUGUCCUAUUUUCUGAUUAUACGAACAGUUCUACAACUGCCUUCCAAGUCAGAGCGGGCCAAGGCUUUUGGAACCUGUGUGUCACACAUCGGUGUGGUAUUAGCUUUCUAUGUUCCUCUCAUUGGCCUCUCAGUGGUACACCGUUUUGGAAACAGCCUUGAUCCCAUUGUGCAUGUUCUCAUGGGUGAUGUUUAUCUACUCCUGCCUCCUGUGAUCAAUCCCAUCAUCUACGGUGCCAAGACCAAACAGAUCAGAACUCGUGUGCUAGCUAUGUUCAAGAUCAGCCACGACAAGGACCCUCAGGAUGUGGGGAGAAGGUGAUCAUUACCACUCUACUUUCCCUUAUCUUUAAUGGCUUGACAUAAGGAUUUCCUAAAGCUAGCUUAAUUCUAGUUAUCUAUAAGCAUAUCAAUGAUUUUCUCUGCUGUGAACUCCAAAUUCUGCCUCUGCUUGCGGUGAAAGUUUGGAGGCUACUGUGAUUUCUUUCCACAGGUCAAAAUGUUAUUGAUAAUGUUACUGUACCAAAAGUCAAAAAUAGAAAAUCCACCAAUGUUCCAAUAUGUAGUAAAAAACAUAAAGAAGAGUGACAAAAAAUACAACUGGUUUUUUAACAGGGAAAAAAUUAUUCCACCUGACUAAUAAUCUGAGAAAUAAUAUAUUAAAUCAACAACUAGACAGCAUUUUUAUCUAUUAAAUUCACAGUUUUUAUUAAUGAAAAUUCACAAUGUUGAAAUAUAAAUGCAUGACCAUCAAAGGUGAUGGUAUGAUUGACAUAUGUAGCAAGAAUUUUUUAAAUUUUUUAUUUUUUAUUAACAUAUAAUGUUUUAUUAGCCCCAGGGGUACACGUUUGUGAA